CCCUUCCAGAGCCAGAGGAGCGGGGGCGGGGGACAGUGUUCCGGGAACUCGCACCCGGAAGCGGGAAGUAGCGAGCCGCUGGCCGGAAGUGGCGCGCGGCUGGGGGUGGGAGCCCGGCGGUCGCUCGCCGCUGGCUGCUGGGAGAGCAGGGGGCAGCCGCAGCAGCAGCCGGCGGGAGCGAGGCAGGGGCGGUGCGCGGCGCAGACUCUUCCGCCCGGCAACCGGGGCCGCGGCGGGCGGGGGCCGGGUAGCGCCAUGGCGGAGGCGACGGCGACACCGGCGGCCGGUGGGGGGGCCCCCAGCACCACCGUCACCGAGACCGUGACCGUCGAGCCGGAGAACCGCAGCCUGACCAUCAAGCUGAGGAAGCGAAAGCCAGAUAAGAAGGUGGAAUGGUCGAGCGACACUGUGGACAACGAGCACUUGGGCCGUAGGUCGUCCAAAUGCUGCUGCAUCUACGAGAAGCCGCGGGCCUUCGGCGAGAGCUCCACAGAGAGCGAGGACGAGGAGGACGAGGGCUGCGGCAAUGCCCACUGCAUCCGGGGCCACAGGAAGGGGGAGCACGGGGGCCGGGGGGGCGGCAGCUCCGGGGGGGGCAAGGGCAGCCCCCGCAAGGCCGAGGCGCCGGACCAGGACCACGCUGCAGCCAUGCAGCACUGAGCCCCUCCACCCCGCCGGACUGACCGGGGGACGCGGGCCUGUCCGUCUGUCCGUGAGCCUGCUGGCCUGCGAGCUGCUGUCGUCGGCCAUCCCGCCCAGUGCCCCGGCGUGGAAUGUACCGAGCCACGGGCCGGCUGCGUCUCUGUGCUUCUCCAUUAAACGUCUGUGUCGGUGACCACGA